AGGUGGCUCUCGGCUGCCUCGCGCGCCUCCUUGGGGAGCGGGGGGGCGCCCAGGUGAAGGGAGGGCGCGGAGGAGGGGGGCGGGCGGGAGCCGAGAGCGGAGCCGGGCGCUGCUGGCGAGGCGCGGAACGUACCAACUGCGCGGACUCCCCUCCUCAUGCACUGCGGCGGAGGCUGAGGGAGAGCAUAACAAUAUCCCCACCGCACGGCGCCGUUGUAUUGACAGGGAAAGGAGGAAUACGGAUAAGGAGGAAACCAACCAACCAACAGGGAGGGAGAGCAUCCCACCAUCAUGUCGGUUGCCUUUGCUUCGGCUCGCCCCAGAGGCAAAGGAGAGGUCACCCAGCAAACUAUCCAGAAGAUGCUGGAUGAAAAUCACCAUCUAAUACAGUGCAUUAUGGACUAUCAGAGCAAAGGAAAAACAGCAGAAUGUACUCAAUAUCAACAAAUCUUGCACAGAAAUCUGGUGUACUUGGCAACAAUAGCAGACUCAAACCAGAAUAUGCAGUCAUUGCUUCCUGCUCCACCGACGCAAAACAUGUCCCUGGGCCCCGGAGGGAUGAAUCAGAGCGCAUCCAACCAGGCUCUUCAUCCACAGAGCAACCUCAGUGAUGCAAUCGGGACCGGCCUUCCGCCUUCCUCCCUCAUGCAGAGUCAGAUUAGUAACGGUCCCAAUCAUGUCUCUAUGCAACAGUCAGGCCAGAACACGAUGCCCACGACUUCCCUGAGCAUGACUGUCAGUAGCCACGGAACAGGACCCGGCUAUAGCCAUACGGUGCCUGCCUCUCAGAAUGUACCAAUGCAAGGCCAGGGAUCAAUAGGCAACUACGUCUCACGGACAAAUAUCAACAUGCAGUCCAACCCAGUGUCCAUGAUGCACCAGCAAGCGGCAACGUCGCAUUACAAUUCUGCGCAAGCGGGGACCCAACAUUACCAAGGGCAGUCUUCCAUUGCCAUGAUGAGUCAGAGUAACCAAGGCAACAGCAUGAUGGGACAGCGGCCGAUGGGCCCCUACCGACCUUCACAGCAAGGUUCCUCUCAGCAGUAUAUGGGCCAGGAGGAAUACUACAGUGAACAAUACAGUCACGGACAAAGUUCAUCAGAGCCCAUGAACCAGCAAUAUUAUCCUGACGGUCAUGGUGACUAUGCGUACCAGCAGUCAUCUUAUUCCGAACAAAGCUAUGACAGAACAUUUGACGAUUCCACACAGCACUACUAUGAAGGUGGAAAUUCCCAAUACACCCAGCAGCAGGCGGGAUACCAACAGGGAGCUGCCCAACAACAGACCUAUUCACAGCAGCAAUACCCAAAUCAACAGAGCUACCCAGGACAACAGCAAGGAUAUGGUCCUGCCCAAGGAGCUUCAUCACAGUAUUCCAGUUACCAACAGGGCCAGGGGCAACAGUAUGGGAGUUACAGAGCGUCUCAGACAGGACCAUCCGCACAGCAACAGAGGCCUUAUGGCUAUGAGCAGGGCCAAUAUGGAAAUUAUCAGCAAUAAAAGGAGGAGCACCUGUGUCAAAAUUUGUUUCAAUAUUUAUGUCCGUCUUUCAACCCUGGAUGUACGGACAUUUUUUUUAAAUUAACUGUAAUAUGUUGGUUCCCCCAUUAGCACAAAAGGAGCAUUUGUAUGUGAAAUAGUAUUCAUUUCAUGCUGGAUAUGAAGCAGAGCACUACUGGUAACAAGGCAAUGCUUUAAUGGUUUGGUAUAUUUUGGUGCUGUGUAUAGUAUUGUAUGUUGAUACAAUGCAGAGAUUCUUCCUUCUUUAUCCACAAACCCUUUUGAUGUUUUAAACUAGUUUUAGAGGUUGCCUGAUGAUCAGAGUUAUAUGUACCCAGUCUUUCUCCCCUUUAAAAACUGCAAUAUUCUAAAACACAUCAAAUGUGUAACUCAGUUUGUCUCCAUUCCCUAGUCACAUAGGUAAGCUAACAUUGGUUUCUAAUGUGAAAUACCAACUCAGCUGCACUGUUAUUUCUUUUGUAUGUACUGCCCCCUAAAAUCCAUAAAUCUUAGUUGGUUCAGAGUAAAAUAGGUUUAUUUUGUUUGUUUACCUGUUACUGAUUUCUUUUCCAAAUUGCACAUAAUGAAAUGUAUGGAUGUAAAUUUGAUUUGUCACAUCCCUUUAUCGAGCAGCAGUAAUUUUAUGCAGCAGUGAUUAGGCCUUUCCUAAACUGUAUGCCUUCCCUCUGGUUAUUUCCUGCUGCGAGUUAAUUAACAUGGGAAGUGACCUUGUUAUGCCCAUAUAUCUACGUGUCCCAUAAUAGGUCAAUACCAAAGAAACAUUGAAUUGUGGCACAUUCCAUUUUAGAGAGCCCGGAAAUGUCAUAGUGGGUUUAGUCUGGGUAUAAAUAAGAAGUAUUGACAUUACUAAGGGGAAAUACUAAUUUGUUUUGUUUCCUGUAAUGCUCAUGGAAAUGAGUACCUGCUGUGGUUGGAGAACCCCCUCCAAUGUACAUAUUUUAUAUACAAAUAUACAUUUCUACAGAAAACAGGAUUAGUUUCAGCCAGAUGUGUAGCUACAGAGUGGCGAUGGUCUUAGCCAAAUUAGAGCAUUGCUCCUCCUCUUUUCAUCUAGUUUUCCAUGACUAUGGAUAAAUGUAUUUCAGAAGUCAGGUUAAGUUGAAGGGAAGCUUGAAUCACAAUCCCGAUUACUCCAAAAACAAUUGUGCAACUUACUCAAGCAUCUGGUUAGUUGCCCAAUCAUUUUCUUAAAAGUUCUUCCACUUCAGAUUUUGCAGCCACGAACAAAAUAGAAGCAGCACAUCUCUGCUCCUAUCGUUCUUCCUGCUAUAGCAGUUCUGAAAUCUGUUUCUGUACUUCCAAUAACCAGAACAAACUGUGGACUGUUCCUUUAUGUUUAAUAGAAUGGAGCCCUCCCAAAGAUAGCCAGAGAGGGAGAGUAAGGAAAUGCAAGAAUAGUGGUAUUUUAAAUGCACUGUUACUAUAAAUGGGAGCACUAGUUCACAAGGUGCCUCCUGACGGCACAGAAUUUCUGUGGCAAUGCAUGAACAUCACAGGCAUCUGGCCCAUGAUAGGGAGCAUAGGAGGAAAGGGAGUUAGACCCUAUGACAGAUCCCUUCUCCCAGAUUGGCCCUGUAGUUCCCCAUUUGCGCCCUCCCUGGAUCGGAUACUUGGACCUCAUGUGACGCUUUACAUGUAGACCAAUAGCUGUGUUCAUUUGUGGGCUCAUUGUGCUAAGUUUGACCUGGUUCUUACUCAGGGUUGAUAAAGUCAGCCAGUCAAACACAAAGUAAGACAUCAGCUCCUGAAUUUUCUAUUCAGUCACAGCUCCCCAAAACCAGAGUCACUAGUCCACAAUGACUGACUGCCCUGUCUCUGUUACAGUCCUUCCUGCCUCCUAUCUCUCUAUCAGCAUUUCCCUAUCUGGGCAUUUUACAGAGAUAUUCUUCUGGUUUUUAUUUGACAGUUCUCUGCAUUCUUUGAGCUAUCAUCUUCUUCACAGGAUGCAUCUACACUGUAAAAUAAUACAGUUUGACAUCACUUUAACUGUCAUGGCUCAAUGCUGUGGAAUCAUGAUAACCAUAGUUUUAAAAGGUCCUUAGCCUUCUCUGUUGAAGAGUGCCAGUGCCUCACCAAACUACAACUCUCAGGAUUCUAUAGCAUUGAGUCAUCACAGUGAAAGAGGUGUCAAACUCUAUUAAUUCUACAGUGUAGAUGCCCCAUUUAGCACCAAUCAUCCACUACAAUCUCUGGAUGGAGGUUGCUAAUGUUUUUUAUAGCCAUUCUCAUAGUCUUGGGGCUAUCUCACAUGAAUUAAAAUUCAUGUAACCCCUCAAAUGCACAUUUAUGGUAAAAUGGAUAUAUCAUAUACAGAAGCCCAUUCAACAGAGCUUGCAUACCACAACAUUCAUAACAGUUAAGAUAAAAAUAGGUCUGUGUUACCAACUGCAAAUAGGAUCCAUCCUUAAUUUCCUACAGUAAGAAAGAAAGCUCACUUGCAAAACAGCAGCUUUGAUAAGCAGCACAAAAGUUAAAUGUAGCUAUAAUUAAUGUGUUGCAAAACAACUUUACAGAUUACAUAACACAUUGUUGAUAUUAUUAGCCAUUUGUUACCCUCUGUGAUGAUGGUUCUCAUUUUUGGGGGAAAGGUGGGAUAUAAAUAAGUGAUGGAUGAAUGUUGCCUGUACAUUUUAUGUGAUAUUGUAUAUUAUUAUUAUUAUUAUUAUUAUUAUUAUUAUUAUUAUUAUUAUUAUUGUGAAAGAAAAAAGAAGAUGAUGUGGAAUCUGAAGAUGUUUGUAUAUUAGUUUUACCACAAUAUUGUUAUUCUAUUCCUGAUUGUGGGUUCAUCUAGAAGGGGGAAAAAGUCUCUGGAAAUACUAGAAAUUUCCCUGCCCCUUGUUUUGAUUUUGCUUGCAUAUUCCCAGGUUUCUGUCAAUUCCCCAUGCCUUCCUCCCCCCCCCCCCCCCAAUGAGUACGUGUUACAUCUAGACUUGUGCAAUAUUUCAGAUACUGUUUUUCACCAGUUUCCUAUACCUCUUCUAUAUGGUUAUUAUUCAAGCAUUAUAGUCGGAGUUCUAAGGUACUUUAGCAAUAUUACAAUAGUUAAGCAUCAUUUUGUUUUAGUGCAAAACAUAUUGUUAUGAUGAUUUUGUGUCCUGAAAACAAUAGCUUGAUGGUGAUAAUUUUCGCUAGCCAUCUUUAUUGGUGGUGACUAUCUUAGAUAAUACAAAUGAACAGCCACUUCAUUUCAGAAAAUACUGGAUUAAUUUCAAUGGACCAGGGAAAUAGGAAUACAAAAUUCCCUGGAAAUACUUGGGGAUGAAAAAAACAUGUGAAUGUCCAAAAUAAAAUCAGUUUUGUACAGGAACAAAUUCUGGGACUUUCAGAGACUUUUCUUCUCAUCUGGAGGACUUCCAAGUUUACAGUCUUAUAAGAAUUGAACGUUCAGUUUAUAAGCCACACUGUAUAUUGUAUGCAACCUGCGUUGAGUUGGCUUCUGUUUCUGCUAAAUCCCCUUUAUUAGAAGUGUGUAUUUGGAGUUGUUUUUUUUCUUAAUCCUGUAAAUUUGUUCUUACAUGUAAUCUGGUCCUUAAAGAAUCUUGAUGAAUCAGUGCCAUUUCACACAGCCAUAUAACCCAGAAUAUCAAGGCAGAAAAUCCCACAAUAUCUGCUUUGAACUGGGUUAUCUGAGUCCACACUGCCAUAUAUUCCAGUUCAAAGUAGAUAAUUUGGGAUUUUAUUCAGCGGUGUGGAAGGGGCCACAGAGGUAACUUCACUUUCUAAUUUCUCUCUGCCCAAAACCCAAGCCCUUUCCGUUCAUCAUUUAGCCCUAUACACUGCUAAUCUCUGAAAGUAAGCCCAGGGUCGCUGUUUUACAAAGGAGAAACAAAUACAUUCAGCAAACAUAAUUUUAUAUCAAAUAUUUAUUUAUUGUUUUGACUUUUUAAGUUUGGCAUAGUGCCGACAGCUUGUCUGUCAUUGGACCAAACAAUUUAGCAAUUUUCCAAUUGAGUAGUUGAAAAGUUUUUAAUUAAGACGAAUGUGAACAUUGUCUAGUAGUAAGUGUUUUGCCCAUCUAUAUGAGACUGUGGCCAAAGUUAAAUAGUGCCAUGCAUCCAUUAUGGAGAGAUGAGUGCAAUUUAUGUAAGCUUUCUGCUGCAGGCUACAUUUUGUUUGCCUCUAGUACUGAAAGCUUUUAUCCUUCUAUUACAGCAGAUACCAUCCAAAAACCUGUUUCCACUACAGACCUAUAAGUAAGUAGAAGAAGGUUGUAGAGUUCAGUGUACUCCUUAAGGAAUAUUUUCAAAAUAUUGCUUUUUCAAACUUCAAAGAAUUUGUUUUUCAUGUUGAAGUAUCACCUUCUAUAAGCCACCAGAAGAAAAAAAAACGAGCUUAAGAGUGUAGAUGUGAGUUGUUUUAGGAAACAAUCCAGUGUUAAGGAUUUAUCUACAGAGUAGUGAUGGCAUUGGCAAUGUAUAAUAGAGUGGGCCAAAAGGUACAAACUGGUUUCAAUAGGUAAUAACUCCUUUAUUUUGUUUUUAAUUUGCACUGCUAUAGCAUCAUAUACAAUAUAUAUAUAGGAAAUUACAUUACAUUACAUGCAAAUUCUUUUUUAAAGCUUUUACAAAAAAAGUUAUUAAAACAUCAGAUGCCUUUGUGACUUUCGGCCCAAUCUGUACAAAAAUAAGCCCUGUCUUCAUAAAAUGUUUUAUUUACAUAUUGUUAUCCCACUAUUGGAGCCCCCCAUGGCACAUUGGGUUAAACCCUUGUGCUGACAGGACUGUUGUCCGACAGAUCGGUGGUUCGAAUCCGGGGAGUGGGGUGAGCUCCCAUCUGUCAAACAUCCAGGCAUCCCCUGGGCAAUAUCAUUGUAGACUGCCAAUUCUCUCACACCAGAAGCAACUUGCAGUUUCUCAAGUUUCCCCUGACACACACACAAAUCCCACUAUUCAUAGAAUAAAUUCAAAGCAAUUUACAAACAAUGAUAGGAAAAAAGCAAAACUGUUUUAUGCUAAUAAAUAAUAAAUUCCCCUGCGUCUUCAGCAUGAUACCACAAAAGCAUACUGUUUGUAGAAAGUGAAAGGUAACAGAGUCUCCCAAACACAACAAAAAAGGAUCCUAGUAUAGCUGCUGAUUAAGUGGAAUAUUUUUUCUUUAGUCUUCAUUUUUGUCUUCCUUUUCCUAAAUCCUCCAGUGUGUUAGCCAGGGUCCUAUCCUCAACUCCAGCUACAUGUAGCACUAUGGUUGAGUGCCCUUGAUUCUUCUGAUGCAUCUGCAGAAGAAGACCAUCUAAUUUGUAUGCCAUACAAUAUAAUCAGCAACUGUGUCUUUGGAGAAUAUUUGAAAAGGUCUGUGGCAGAAAUCCAGAAGCCCCUUGUACUCAGUUCCCUGGCCAACAACGAACACAAUGGAUCUAGUUCUUUGUCGAUAUUAUUUCCACUGGGGUCAGUCUUCUUCCCCCAAAUGCCAGAUCUUGGCUCAUUGUGGUGAUAUAGAAGAAAGGAUUACAUCAGUACAUUUACAAAGAACAAAAGAAAAAAUGCACUCUGCAUUGCUCCUUACCAGCUUUGACAUUUGCUUCUCCUGUGGUUUUUUUAAGCAUUGUUGAAAAUCAUUUUUGAAAGACCACAACCAUUUUAACAAGAACAUCACAUCAGUUGGAAAUGUCUUACAUUAAGAAUUUCUUGAAUGUUGUACAUAUAUAUACACUGUAUUUGAAAGAGCACUUUGGAAAUAGUUUGUACAUUAUUUCCUAAUUUAUACAUGAUUUUUAGUGUUAAUAUUUCUAACUGUUAAUAACGGAUAUUUAAAUGUGUUGUCCAUAUUUAUGUAUUGAUGUGGGAAACGAGAAAAAAAGGUGAUGCCAGCAUUUUGACUUUUUUCAUUACCUGUAUCAUAUUUUCUGUUUUGUAAUACAGAAUGUUUAAACAUGUUUUAGGUUAAAAUGAACUGAUUGUGAAGCCAAGUAAUGGUACCUUUUUCGUAUGAUGGAAAGACUUUAAAAAGGACUGGUGUAAUCAUG